CAACAUAAACCCAAAACCCCAAAACCCUCGCAAAGCAUAGUCCAUCCGUUCUCACUCUCCUGUUGCUCUUUUGAUGUUGUACCUCUCGCUGAUCUCCCUGAAGUGCUGCUCCAUUGUCUGUUUCUGAGUUCCCAAUGGAGGUUGGCGCCCACUUCUCUCGGAACCCACUUCUCCAUUCUCCCUCUCACUUCUGUAACUCACCCCCUCUCCGGCAAUUUUGCUUCCUACCCGCGGUUCCCGCAAGAAGAAGGAGGCUGUGCCGAAGUAAAGGAAACAUUUAUUCCAUUAGGGCCACCGCUUUUGGAAAUGAAGAUGGUUCUGGAGAUUUCUGGUGGGACAGGGUUGCUAGGUCAGCGAGGGUUGGGUCGGAGCGGUUCUGGUCCAAAUUCACGGAAAGUCUGAAGAAGGAAACGGGUUUUGAUUCCGAUGCCGGGAAACUGGUGGGAGGAGUUGUUGAGGCUGUGAACGAAGGGCGGAAGGCGGUCGAUUGGUUCAGGUUGGAGAUGCUGCCGGCAUUUGUGGAUUGGAAUCGAUGGGAAAAUUGGAAGGAAGUAAAUAAGUGGGAGCCAAAGCGCCUCGGUGCCUUCAUUUUGUACUCUAUAAUUAUUACCAUUUCAUGUCGAAGAAUUUAUGUUAACUUCACUAGUUAUGCAUAUCGACAAAGCAGAAAAGACCUAACUGAGGCAUUCAUGGAAGCUUUGAUUCCAGAGCCAACUCCAGCCAAUGUGAAAAAAUUCAAGAAGGGCAUGUGGCGAAAAGCCAUGCCCAAAGGCUUAAUAAUUAAGAAAUUCACCAAAGGAGCUGGAGGAACUUAUAUUCAGGACAAUUCCUAUAUAGGAGAAGCUGCAUGGGAUGAUGAUACUGAAACUUCUCGAGGUGUUGUGAGCGGUACUAUUGACAAGGAUACCAGGUUGAGCCUUGAACAAAAAGAAGAGAUAAAAGAAGACUUGGGCUUCUCAGAAGGCCAUGAACGUGAUACCGCUUGGAGAGGCCGGCUGAGAUCGUGGAAAGAGAUCUUAAGAAAGGAUAAACUGGCGGAGCAGAUCGACUCUAAAACAGCCAAAUAUGUUGUAGAUUUUGAUAUGCAAGAGCUUGAGAAAAGUUUGCGUAAAGAUGUUGAGAAAGCAUCAAAUUCAGAAGGUACUAGAGCACUAUGGAUUUCUAAGAGAUGGUGGCUGUACCGCCCAAAACUUCCUUACACUUAUUUUCUUGACAAGCUUGAUUCCUCUGAGGUUGCAGCAAUUGUCUUUGAAGAGGAUUUGAAGAGACUAUACGUGACAAUGAAAGAAGGAUUCCCUUUGGAAUAUAUUGUGGAUAUUCCUCUGGACCCUUUUAAGUUUGAGGUUAUCUCAAGUUCGGGUGCUGAUGUGGAUCUCCUUCAGAAAAAGCAAAUCCAUUAUUUUCUGAAAGUUGUGAUUGCUUUAGCGCCAGGAUUAAUUAUUUUGUACCUUAUAAGAGAGUCGGUGAUGCUGUUACAUGUCACCUCUAAGCGUUAUCUAUACAAAAAAUAUAACCAACUUUUUGAUAUGGCAUAUACAGAGAACUUCAUUCUGCCAGUAGAAAGUUCCGAGGAGGUGAAAUCAAUGUAUAAUGAGGUGAUAUUAGGAGGUGAUGUUUGGGAUCUUCUGGAUGAGAUAAUGAUAUAUAUGAACAAUCCCAUGCAAUACUACGAAAAAAAAGUUCCAUUUGUUCGAGGUUUACUUCUUUCUGGACCACCUGGGACAGGUAAAACACUUUUUGCUCGGACACUUGCCAAGGAAAGCGGACUGCCAUUUGUUUUUGCAUCUGGUGCUGAAUUUGCUGACAGUGAAAAAAGUGGCGCAGCAAGAAUUAAUCAACUAUUUUCCAUAGCCAAAAGAAAUGCUCCUUCAUUUGUUUUUGUGGAUGAGAUUGAUGCUAUUGCGGGCCGACAUGCUAGAAAAGAUCCUAGAAGACGGGCUACAUUUGAAGCCCUAAUUACGCAACUUGAUGGAGGGAAGGAAAAAACUGGUGUUGAUCGCUUUUCACUCAGAGAAGCUGUUAUUUUCAUAUGUGCAACUAAUCGUCCAGAUGAGUUGGAUCCCGACUUCGUUCAACAUGGUCGUAUUGAUCGGCGCUUGUACAUUGGUUUGCCUGAUGCUAAACAACGGGUGAGAAUAUUUGGUGUGCAUAGUGUUGGAAAAAGGUUGGCGGAAGACGUUGACUUCAGAAAGCUUGUUUUUCGAACUGUUGGGUAUUCUGGUGCGGAUAUUCGCAAUCUAGUCAAUGAAGCAGCAAUAAUGUCUGUAAGGAAGAGUCACUCUUUGAUCACCCAGCAAGACAUAGUUGAUGUCCUCGAUAAACAGUUACUGGAGGGCAUGGGGGUGCUCCUUACAGAGGAAGAGCAACAAAAAUGUGAAGCUAGUGUAUCACUCGAUACUAAAAGAUUAUUAGCUGUGCAUGAGGCUGGUCACAUAUUGUUAGCUCAUCUUUUCCCCCGUUUUGAUUGGCAUGCGUUCUCGCAACUACUUCCUGGUGGCAAGGAAACUGCAAUAUCAGUUUUUUAUCCUAGAGAAGAAAUGGUGGAUCAAGGUUAUACUACCUUUGGUUACUUGAAAAUGCAAAUGGUGGUUGCACAUGGAGGUCGUUGUGCUGAAAGACUUGUGUUUGGAAAUGACAUUACUGAUGGAGGAAGAGAUGAUCUGGAAAAGAUUACAAAAAUUGCUAGGGAGAUGGUCAUUAGUCCUAGAAAUUCAAGAUUGGGCCUUACCUCCUUAGUACGGCGAGUUGGAAUGAUGGAUCGGCCAGAUAAUGCUGAUGGUGAGCUCCUCAAAUAUAAGUGGGAUGAUCCUAGUGUUGUUCCUGUUGGUAUGACUGUUGAAGUUUCAGAGAUCUUCACUAGAGAACUCACCAGGUAUAUUGAAGAGACUGAAGAAUUUGCCAGCAUUGGAAUAGCCCGGAAUAGACACAUACUUGACAUGAUUGUUAAUGAACUUAUGGAGAACUCGAGGAUGACCGGAUUGGAAGUCAAGGAAAGGAUGAAGCACCUGGGUCCUGUGAUGUUUGAAGAUUUUAUAAAACCAUUUCAAGUAAACUUAGAAGUGGAGGAACCACUUAUAUAUACGAAACUUUCUUGCGGCCAUAUGUGGCUAGUCAUGAGACGGAGAUUGAUCGAAACUUACUAGAUUUGAAGGCCAGGGCAGGUGACAUGGUUUUCCUCUAUUGGCAGAAGGCUGCAAUUUAUGGUCAGACAAGGAUAUUUGAAAUCUUUCAUUAUAUAGCUUCUCAAGCUCCACA